ACGCAACUCCGGCGCCUUUAACUCUUCCGCCCAUCCCCCUCGCCACGGCUCAAUCUGAGCCGCAUGCAUAUCCUGCCAGGCCAAACCCCACCUUCCUUGUGCGGAGCCGGGAAGGGCAGCUGCUCUGCUCAAACUGUGCGGCGAUGGAGGGUGGUAGGGCGUAGGGAACCUCCUCACCGCUGCCGCUACCCAGCCAACAGGAAAGCGGAGCUCUGGCCUGACAGACGCCCUCCGCACGGCAAGAGAACUGCUGAGGCUUCUGUUGCCAGUGUCCAGCUGGCCAUACCAUGAUUACUUUUGGAGGGAUUGCUGCCACACUGGAGAGGAACCGUCUGCGGGCAGAAGGCGUGGGUGACCACCACAAUGCCGUUAAAUACCUUGGUCAGGAUUAUGAGUCUCUGAAGCAGGAGUGCCUGGAAAAUGGCACUUUAUUUGAAGACCCCCAAUUUCCUGCCGUUCCCUCAGUUCUUGGCUUCAAGGAACUGGGACCCAGUUCUGGCAAAACCCGUGGAGUGCGCUGGAUGCGCCCAUCAGAAAUCGUGGGUGAUCCUCAGUUUAUUGUUGGAGGUGCUACAAGGACAGAUAUCUGCCAAGGAGCAUUAGGUGACUGCUGGUUGCUGGCUGCUAUUGGCUCCCUGACUCUUAAUGAGGAGCUCUUGCACCGUGUUGUACCUCAUGGACAGAGCUUUCAGGAGAACUAUGCUGGAAUCUUUCACUUCCAGAUCUGGCAGUUUGGCGAAUGGGUGGAUGUGGUGGUAGAUGAUCGGCUACCAACCAAGGAUGGAGAGCUGGUAUUUGUGCACUCUGCAGAAUGUCAAGAGUUCUGGAGUGCUCUGCUGGAAAAGGCCUAUGCCAAGUUGAAUGGUUCUUAUGAGGCCCUGUCUGGGGGCAGCACCACUGAGGGCUUUGAGGACUUCACGGGUGGUGUGGCAGAAAUGUACGACCUCAAGCGGCCCCCUGGCAACCUGUCCAAGGUCAUUUGCAAGGCUCUUGAGAGAGGAUCCCUGCUUGGCUGCUCCAUUGAUAUCACAAGUGCAUUUGACAUGGAAGCAGUUACCUUCAAGAAGCUAGUCAAGGGUCAUGCUUAUUCAGUCACAGGAUUUAGGGAUGUGGAGUAUCGUGGCCGCCAGGAACAGCUCAUCCGCAUAAGGAAUCCCUGGGGACAGGUGGAGUGGACCGGAGCUUGGAGCGACAGCUCGUCCGAGUCGAAUGAAGUGGACCCCGAUCAGAGGGAGGACCUUCAGCUAAAAAUGGAGGACGGUGAAUUUUGGAUGUCUUUCCGAGACUUCAUGCGGGAGUUCUCUAGGCUGGAGAUCUGUAACCUCUCUCCAGAUGCUCUGACUAAGGAUGACCUGAGCAAAUGGCACACCACUCUGUUUGAGGGCAGCUGGCGCCGGGGCAGUACAGCUGGGGGCUGCAGGAACCAUCCAGCCACAUUCUGGGUUAAUCCACAGUUCAAAAUCAAGCUCUUGGAAGAGGAUGAUGACCCAGGUGAUGAUGAGCUAGCCUGCACCUUCUUAGUGGCCUUGAUGCAAAAACACCGGCGAAAAGAGCGCCAAGUUGGAGGAGAUAUGCACACCAUUGGCUUUGCCGUCUACGAGGUUCCCGAAGAGUUCCAGGGCUGCCAGAGUGUCCACUUGAAGAAGGAUUUCUUCCUGAGGAACCAGUCUCAGGCACGCUCAGAGACCUUUAUCAACCUGCGGGAGGUGAGCAACCACAUCCGCCUGCCACCUGGCGAGUACAUCAUAGUGCCCUCUACGUUUGAACCCAACAAAGAAGCAGAUUUUGUCCUGCGGGUCUUCACUGAGAAGCAGUCAGACACACAGGAGCUGGAUGAGGAGAUCUCAGCAGAUUUGCCAGAUGAGGAAGAAGUUUCUGAGGAUGAUGUGGAUGAAAACUUCCGGAACAUGUUCCGGCAGCUUGCAGGAGAGGACAUGGAAAUCAGCGUGUUUGAGCUCCGGACUAUCCUCAACAGAGUUGUUACCAGGCACAAAGACCUGAAGACAGACGGGUUCAGUAUGGAUUCCUGCCGCAGCAUGGUUAACUUGAUGGACAAAGAUGGCAGCGCUCGCCUGGGCAUUGUGGAGUUUCAGAUUUUGUGGAACAAGAUCAGGAGCUGGCUGAAUGUCUUUCGCGAGCAUGACAUAGACAAGUCGGGCACGAUGAGUUCCUAUGAGAUGCGUCUGGCUCUGGAAUCAACUGGCUUCAAAUUGGACAACAAGCUGCACCAGGUGUUGGUGGCCCGUUACGCUGAUGAGUCGCUGGGUGUGGACUUCGAUAACUUUGUCUGCUGUUUAGUCAAACUGGAGACGAUGUUCAGAUUCUUCCAGAGUAUGGAUCCUGAAGGCACUGGGGUUGCUGAGAUGAAUCUUGGCGAGUGGCUGAUGUUCACAAUGUGCGGCUAAAGCAGAGAUGGGGCUAGCUGUGAAGACCCCGUUGGACUGGGCUGCCCCAAGUGCCUCCCUCACAUCAGGCUGACCGACACAGAAUGACCCAUCAUUCUGCCCCCCCCCCAACCCACCUAUUGCUGAGCCCGGAGAUUGCUUCCUUUCCUCUUGACUGCAAACAUAUCGGUACCCCGGGAUGAAGCUCCCCUGCUCCCACCUGUUCAGGAACUAGAGUUCUUUUAGGGAGCCGGGCAGAGAGAGGCAGCGGUUUCCUGCUGGGAGUGUGGCUUGUGAACUGAGCAAAGACGUGAGAUGGGCACAGAUGCAUACUUGGGGGGGGGGGUGUCACUGCAUGCAGGCUUUAGUGUAGUUGCACUUUUUGGGAGGGCUCCUACCUUAAAGCAGCGGGGGUAAGCUGUGUUGCUUUCUUUUCCUCCUCCCUGUCCACUGCUUCUGAUCUGGAUCCUGCAGGAAAACCUCUGAUGGGCAUUGCAGCCAGCACUGCUUUGCUAUUUUUCUAGUACGUAAACGCUAUAGCAGAUCAGAUGGGGAGCUGCAUCCCCACUAUACCUCUUGAUGUGCAUUCUGAAGUGAUAGAACAGCCAGGAGGGGUAGUAUGGCCAUAUAUUUUCCAGGUCCCCGAUACUGUUCCCAUUCUCACUCUGCAUGGAAGCAACUGAGGUCGUCCCUCCUCUUCUGGGUUGCCUGCUUAAGGCCACCAAAAUUUGCUAGGUGGUGCUAGUGAGCUCUCUGUAGCAACAAUUCAAAGUGUCUGCCUUCUUCUUGAGUCAAGCCCAGUUGUGUCAGUUGCUAGGAUAAGGUGGCCAAAAACCAUCAUGAGGACAGGUAGGGAGAACAUUUCAGCAACAGUGGCCAUGUUAGGAGGAGAGAAAAAGAAUGCCGUGGUAACUUAGGCGUCCUCCUGACAGUGUUUGCACCAUUAACAAUAAUUGUAGCUUUUUGAAAUUGGACAGGAAGCAAAGUUAUUGGGGCAGUGUCUGCUGGUUCCUAAACUGCCCGGUCUCCAUUUCAUGUUAACUUCCACAAGCAGUUGGUGGGGCUAAAAAGACACAGAGCUGCAAAAGCCUUCAAACAGGAGCCCCAAAGUGUCUCCGUGGCUGUAUGUAGUACGCAUAAGGAGCAAUCCUAAACAGAUCUACUCAGAUUUUAGUCCCUCUUUUAUCCAGUGGGACUGAGCCCCAGGAAAUCUCGAUCUCUUUCUCAAACUCCUUCUCUAAAGACACAUAAUACACAUGAGCCUGUUCAGAGGCUACAGUCCCUUCCUUUUGGGGUUCUGCUCCCAGCUCUGCCUCUGACUGGCUCUCUCCUCUCCCUGCAUCAAGCUUUUCUAUUCCAGAGAUUUUUGAAUGGAGCAAUAUAUUUAAAUGGUGGCGUGUGUUCCACCCAGGUCUCCUCUUCAUGCUAAGCCCUCACAGAGCAUUUCAUGCUGCACUUCUCCUCCUCCCAUCGGUCUGACAGGGUCUUUGCUAGAAUUCACAGUUCAGCAGCUUCCAAGUCCUCCCACCUUGCACUAUAGUCAGGUGCUACAGGAGUGGCUUUCUCCUGAGGAAUGUUCUUCCAGGUUGUUGCUUCUUUCAGGGUUAACCUCAAAGCAGUCUUUGAUGUUGCUCUUCUAUGGAAUGCAAUCUCUGCCCUUAAAGGCCACUGGAAGGUGAGUGCAGGAGCCACCCGUCAGCAAAGGCAUAAAUUCCAGUUGUCCCUUUGCUCAGAAUGAGGAUGUUGGGGGGGGGGCACACAUUUGGUUGCCUGUGUAUUAUGAGAGACAGAGUCGCCGCUCUCUAAUCUUGUGCCAAAGGGAGGUCCAGAUUUCUGUGCUCAGAAUAAAUCAUGCACACACAAAAAAGAGAAUGUGAAUUUGCCUGGUGUAGUGUUUGGCUGCCAAGGUUGAGACAGGCUUGUACGCAAGCCUUAAGCCAUGACUGUGAGAAAUAUGGAUGGAAGAUUUAUGUAGCAUAUCAUGGCUCUUGGUCAGCUGAGAACAGUCAUUCUGAUGGCAGGAUGCAGAGGUGUAUACUGCUCUGAGCCCCACCACCACGGCUGCAAGAUGUAUUUGUCCACCCCGCUGCUGCCUUUUCUUCCAAAAUGGCUCCUGUACUCACAGAAUAGGAAGAUGAGUCAAGUUUUUAACAGAAAAGAAUUGCCAAAAGAAUACCCGUUCUCCAUUUUAAGAGCCAAAUUGUGGAACUGGUGGAUGUACACAGCCUUGCUCAGGUUUCUGAAUGCAGCAUCUACUUGGGAUGGGAAACGUUUUUUUUCUGGGCACUAUAUACUAGAAGUCAUCAUACAGAUCAGCAUGCUGACAAGCUUAUAGCAAAACAGGAUUUGUAAAGGCAAAACCUACAUUGACUCAGGCUCCGCUGGCUCUCUUUUCUGCCUGUCCUUUUAUUUUAUUCUACAAGGGCAUUCUUCCAGCCCUUAGCCAACAUUGCAUCUUGACCCCAGUGCUUCAGGAAGGGGGGGUGUCUUCCUGCCCAGUCUCAGCCACCAACCUUUCCAUUGCCUCUAUCUACACUGGCAGUGGCCUUGGUGCUUUCUCCAGGGACCCGGCACCUUUCCACUGCCUUCGGACUCCUGCAGAAUGAGCCUGUAUUGAUAACCACUUUGGCUCAGAUAGCAGAGCUGCCUCUUCAGCCCAACUUGCAAUGUAUGUGAUGUUAAUAAAUAGAGCUACAUCUACUUCUGUGAGUGUGU